UUGACGAAAGACGAGCCCACAUUCGCAUAAAUCCCAUCCCCGCGGACAACUCAGCGCAUCCUUCUUCCUAUAUCAUUUCCUCCGACGACAGCCUUCGAUAAAUCCCCGUUCAUGGCGGAGACGCUAAAACCCUAAAACCCUCGAUCUCAAAUUCCUGAGAUCUCUGUACACACAAGAGAUCGGGUCAAAUGAGCUCCACCAUUUGUUUAGCUCUCCUCUUGCUCUCCUUCCACCUUCUCUUCUCUGCAGGAGAAUCGAAGUCUCAAGCUUUCAGGCGAGAUCCAGGGCAUCCUCACUGGCACCAUGGAGCUUUCCACGACGUUCAGGACAGCGUUCGAGCCGAUGUUCGUCGGAUGCUUCAUACUCGUGCGGAGGUUCCCUUUCAGGUUCCACUUGAGGUUAACAUCGUUCUUGUUGGUUUCAAUGGAGAUGGAGGCUACAGAUACUCGCUAGAGGCGCAUAAGCUGGAGGAAUUCCUCAAAAGCAGCUUUCCAACUCAUCGACCCUCGUGCCUUGAGACAGGCGAGCCAAUUGACAUUGAGCAUCACAUAAUAUACAAUACAAUACCGGCUGGCCAACCAGAAUUGUUAGCUCUUGAAAAGGCACUGAAGGAUGCAAUGGUUCCAGCAGGGACUGCACGGGAGAGUGAGUAUGGAAGGCAGAUCCCUCUUUUUGAAAUAGAUGCUGCUGCUGUGGAGCCAACUUUUCAAAAGUUAUAUUCUUUUAUAUUUGACUUGGAAAGUGGUGGAUAUGCGGCAACUGAAAUGGAUAGACCUGUACCUGCUGCAAUAUUUGUUGUCAAUUUUGACAAGGUGAGAAUGGAUCCAAGGAACAAGGAAAUUGAUCUUGAAGGUCUAAUGUACAGCAAAGUUGAUAGUUUAACAGAAGAACAACUGAAAAAUCAAGAAGGCGGUUACAUUUAUCGUUACCGUUACAAUGGGGGAGGUGCAUCUCAAGUUUGGCUUGGUUCUGGAAGAUUUGUUGUGAUUGAUCUUUCAGCUGGCCCUUGUACAUAUGGGAAAAUAGAAACUGAAGAAGGAAGUGUUAGUUUCAGAACCUUGCCACGGUUAUCAAGUUUAAUCUUUCCAAGAGGCUCCAAUUAUGACAGUGUCAGUGCAACAAAUGAUCUUUUCAUUGGACAGCUCGGAGCUCUGAUUUCAACCACCAUUGAGCAUGUUAUAGCCCCGGAUAUUAGGUUUGAAACUGUUGACUUGACGACAAGGUUAUUGGUGCCUGUAAUCAUAUUGCAAAAUCAUAACAGAUACAACAUUCUCGAUGCUGGCCACAACUAUAGCAUAGAUAUCCAUGCAAUUGAGAAAGAGGUGAAGAAGAUGGUCCGUGCUGGACAAGAAGUGAUUUUGGUUGGCGGUUCACAUGCAUUACAUCAUCAUGAAAAGUUAGCAAUUGCUGUUUCAAAAGCUAUGCGAAGUCAUUCUCUUCAAGAAACGAAGAAGGAUGGGCGAUUUCAUGUCCGUACUAGAACGUAUUUGGAUGGAGCCAUCCUUAAAGAGGAAAUGGAGCGUUCUGCUGAUGUUCUUGCAGCUGGUUUGCUAGAGGUUGCAGAUCCCUCACUUUCAACUAAAUUUUUCCUGCGUCAGCAUUGGAUGGACGAAUCUGGUAGUUCUCAAGAUUCCAUUAUCAAGAACAAACCAUUGUGGGAAACUUAUUAUUCUACAUAUGGAAAAAAGAAGAAAAAGAAUGAGAAAAAGAAACAGGGAAACUUGUACAGGACCUACGGAACUAGAGUCAUUCCUGUAUUUGUAUUAUCUUUAGCUGGUGUUGAUGCUGAUCUCCUAAUGGAAGACGAAAGUCUUGUCUGGACUAGUAAAGAUGUUGUCAUUGUCCUUCAGCAUGAAAAUGAAAAAAUACCUCUAAGCUACGUCUCAGAAACAGCAAGGCAAUAUGCAUUCCCAUCUAUGUCGCAGCGCCACAUAUUGGCGGGAUUGGCAUCUGCAUUGGGAGGAUUAACUGCACCAUAUGAGAAAGCAUCACAUAUACACGAAAGGCCCAUCCUGAAUUGGCUCUGGGCUACGGGUUGCCAUCCAUUUGGGCCAUUCUCCAAUUCAUCUCAAAUCAGCCUAAUGCUUCAGGAUGUUGCGUUGAGAAGCACGAUAUACGCACAGGUUGAUUCUGCUCUUCGAAGAAUCCGGGAGACAUCUGAGGCUGUUCAAUCUUUUGCUGCAGAACACCUUAAAACACCACUUGGCGAGCCAGUGAAAGGAAAGAAAAAUAAGUCAAGCACAGAGCUGUGGCUGGAGAAGUUUUACAAAAAAGUAACCAAUCUACCAGAACCAUUCCCUCAUGAGUUAGUUGAACGAUUGGAGCAGUACUUAGAUAAACUUGAAGAGCAGCUCGUGGAUUUAUCGUCAUUAUUAUAUGACCAUCAAUUGGAUGAUGCAUACCAGAACAGUACUGACAUCUUACAAAGCACCGUUUUUACUCAACAGUACGUAGAACGAGUUUUGCAUACGGAAAAGGAGAAGAUGAGGUGUUGCCAUAUCGAAUACACUUUCCCAACUCAAACAUCACAGACUUUCGUGUAUGGUGGGAUCUUACUUGCAGGAUUCCUUGUAUAUUUCCUUGUUAUUUUCUUUUCUUCACCCGUGCGCUAGCAAAUAUCUAGUUCACAAAAGGGAGCGUUAAAUUGGAAUUUUUUUUAAAUUAUUUUUGGGUGUAAUUUUAUUUUCUACUUUGGUGAGCUGUUGUGGUCAUUUUUUAGCGGGUGUGUAUGCUAGAAAUAAUGCCUAGGCCUAGGGUAUCAAUGGUGUUCCUUUCCUGUAGAUUUGGAAAACGGGAUCGACGACGCAGAGUAGUUAAUUUAUUCCUUUCUACAGGAGAGUUACAUCAAGCCUCAAAAUAUUGUUGCUGUUGUUCUGCUGUCAUUCCUUAACGCAUAGCUUCUUAUCGCAAAGCUGAGAAGCUGUCUAUUGAACGAUCAGUUUUUUUUUUUUUAAUCAUGUGGGGGCUAGGUAACUUCUCCA